AUGCCAUAGAAAAUAUCAUGUAGGGUGGCUGCCACACUGUAUAUAUACACAAGCUCUCAUGGUCCAUGGAUAUGCUCACCAAAGCACUGUUUAGAAGAUCAUCAACAGACAUGGAAGCCGAGUGUGCAUCCUACUGGUGUUCUGUCGAUGCAUUCUGUGAGGAGUCGGUGAUGAUUGCGUCCUUGCAGUCAUUGUUAUGGAGCAGCAGUGAUUUUGAUCUGAUCCCUGGGCUCUGUUCUUCCAAUGUUCCUUACAGUUUGCCUGGCAGCUCUCCCUUUUGUAUCAACGAUAAUGAGAAAAGUACAUUAGUGAGCAGUACCCCAAAUGAAGUUCUUGACACUCUUGCGUUAGCACAUGGGGAAAAGGUAGCAGGCAGCAAGAGGAAAGCUGAGACGGAUGAGGAGAAGAACCAUGGCGGUGAAGGCCGCACCACUCCCUUGGCACCAAGAGCUCGCAAGCAAUCCAAAGCUAACUCGCAAAGCUGCUACGCAAAGCAGAUGAGAAGGGAGAGGAUCAAUGCAAGGCUGAAGAUACUUCAAGAGCUAAUUCCUAAUGGAAAAAAAGUGGACAUCAGUACAAUGUUGGACGAAGCAGUCCAGUAUGUAAAGUUUCUUCAUAUGCAAAUCAAGCUGUUGAGUUCGGAUGAGAUGUGGAUGUACGCCCCCCUUGCCUAUGACAGCGUUAACAUCGGGAUCCCACUGUGCUCAUCAGUACAAGAAUGACAAUGCCCACUGAAAUUGUCUUUAUUCAGAAAUAUGUUCCAUCUUAGCUUUCUCGUUUUGCUGCCAAAUAAAUAUAACACAUGCUGUUAUACGGUUUUAACCUAUUUUUUCAUUAUGUAACAUCCCCUUGAGUAAAUAUCAAUUAUUGUACUUUUAUAUUUCCAACAAAGUUACCUUACUCAUGUUAUUGACUACUAGCAUUGUAUUAUGCGUUGCCAAGGGCUUUCUUUCACAAACUUGUUUUUGCUGUUCAUAAUACUGGAAUAUAUCCUAUACAUGGCUUUAAGUCCAACAUUCUACUGCAAGAAAAGUAGUGAAGUGAUCUAGGUCAUAGCGAUCGUUAAAACAAGCUAAGACUAAAAAAAAAGAUUCUAUAGGGCUAAACAUAUGAAAACUAGUAUAGAAACCAAUAUUAAAUAUUGCUUAUUGAAGGUUGUAACUUGUCAAAGAUCCCAUAUAUCGAAGAACAGAGGGAAUUUUAUUUGUGGCUGUUUCAACGAAUCUAACAUGAGAAACUCAUGUUGUGAUAAAGUUGCACGCUCACUGAAAGCAGACGGCACGAAAUGACAGAGAUAUUGGUCCACUUCCAUCUCCCAUCAAUAUUGAGGACUGCAUACGUAGCUGAUUAGCUAGAUGUUACACUGGCGAUUGUGAAAGCUGGGUUGUGAUAUUAAUAAGUCUUGUUGUAGCUGUUGAUGAAUCACGUCAUUUGUCAUGACUACACAACUUGGGAUGACGAAAGGUGUCGACACUUCCACCAUUUUGACUACUGAGGCCCCGUUUGGUAGGGCUUCUCAAAGUGCUUCUCCACCGGUUUUUGGUGAAGCCCUACCAAAGGACCAAUUUCAAAAAAGCUUCACCACUAAAGCCGGGAAGAAGCUGCAAAACGGCUUACACUAGAGAGGAGAAGUCGAAAAAACUGGCUUCACCGGCUUCUCUCUCCAAGCAUUAAGUGAUCAUAAAAUUACGUAUAUUGCCAUUGAGAAGCCGUUUUACCAAACGUUUUGCAAAACGGCUUCAGCUUCACUAAAAAAGUCACUCCACCGAAGAAGCCGAAGCCGAAACUAUUUUAUGAGAAGCCGAAGCUCUACCAAACGGGCCUUGAUGGAAGUCUACUUGUAAAAACAUGUCUACCGUUCAAUUUGAUUAAUUAACUUGGUGUCUAUGAUAAGGACAAAGUCUUUGAGGCGUAUAUUUGAGCAUUAUGACAAAACAAUAAUUAUAGCUAGUCAUUUAGUAAUCUUCUAGUGAAGGACCAUUUAGUAAUCUUCGAGAAUUUUUUUUUAUGUUUUGUAAAUAUUGGUCAAAUUUUUUUCCAUGCUUUCUAGGCAUAUAAAUUUGGUAUAUGUAGUAACCACAACUAGAACUAUAAAAAUUUUUGGGGAUCAAAAUAAACAAAUACCCAUUAUGGUACAAAAUUGAUUGAUAGGGUCCUCAUAACUAUUUCUCAACACAAAUGGUCUGGAAAAAUGUUUUACGAAUGUACAAGGACUUAAGUAGCAAGUUUGCUAGGGAUGGCAGUGCAAGAUUUUUAGUUUUGUUCUUGAAUUCUGCAUAGACAGAAAACAGGCCCAUCAACUGUGUCCUCGUUUAGAAACUAAGCAGAAAAGGCGACGUUCACCAUACCAGUCACCACUGAAGCCUGCAAAUGGGCAAAGAUCGCUCAAAAAAGAAAAGUUUAGAUACACAUUAUGUUGUUCAAGACAAGGCCAAAUAAGUCUUAAAAAAUGAUGAAUCUAAUUAGGGCCAGAACACUUCUUUUAGGAUUUUGAGUUCAACCAAAAGCUUA